AUGAUAAAUAAUAAUUUUAAUACGCCAUCGUCAUUUAGUCGACAUACUGAGACAAUCGAAAGCUCAAUUGUUACUUGGUUAUGUCUUGAUGAGAACGAGUGUCAUGAAGAUAGUAAACAUAUGAAAGUUAAUCUUCAAAAUUUCGGUUAUACAAUAGAAAAUUUUAAUGAUACCGACGAAUGCAUAGAUUUUAUUACUACGUUUACAUAUAAAAAACAUUUUCUGAUUAUAUCAGGAUUAAUUAAUGAAUAUUUUUUAUUAUUAAUUCAUGAUAUACCACAAAUUAUUUCCAUCUAUAUUUUACAUGAAAAUGGUGUCAGAAACGAGGCAUGGAGCAAAGAAUUGAUCAAGGUAAAGGGAUAUUUUCCUCAUAUGGAACAUAUCUGUAAUUUAAUCCAAGAGGAAACCCAAUGGGAUUGUUAUCAAUCCGAUUCUAUUAGUAUCUUUUCACCAAAAGAUAUUUCCAACCAGCGUCAAGAUAUACUUCCGUCAGAGUUUAUGUACUCACAACUGCUAAAAGAUACUUUUCUUAUACUUUCUUACGAUGAUAAAUCGCGAACAGAAUUUAGUGAUGCAUUACGUCAAACAUAUGCUCAGACUGAUCACGAUUUACGAGCAAUUAAUGAUUUUGAAACAAAUUAUUAUCAACACUCACCGAUUUGGUGGUAUACGAAAGAAUCAUUUCUUUAUGUUACAUUGAAUCGAGCAUUAAGAAUGUUAGACUUGGAUAUGUUAUUGAAAAUGAGUUUUUUUAUGCGUGAUUUACAUCAACAAAUUGAACAACUGCAUUGCAUCUCGUAUAAUCAACAGCAAUUAAUGUUAUACAGAGGACAAGGGAUGUCAAACUUGGAUUUUGAAAAGUUAAAACAGAGUGAGAAUGGUCUUUUGUCCUUUAAUAAUUUCUUAUCAACAAGCACUGAUCGAGAAGUAUCAUUUCAUUACGCAGACAGUGUACGUUCUAUGAACAAUACAGUUGGUAUUUUAUUCGAAAUGGAAAUAAAUCCUCCGAUAACAUCGACUCGAUUUGCAACAUUGGAUAACAUCAGUUAUUACGGUGACUCCGAGAAGGAAGUUCUGUUUUCUACACAUGCUAUUUUUCGAGUUACGAAAUUGGAACAAUUGGAAGAUCAGUUAUGGCAAGUACAACUGAGACUAACAAAUGAUACCGAUGUUGAAUUGAAACAAUUGACUGAUUAUUUCGAAAAAGAUACUAAAAAAUUAAAAGGUAUAUAUCAAUUGACUAGUUUGUUAAUGAAAAUGGGACAAUAUGAUCUAGCUGAAGCGAUUUACCAAAACUGGAUAAAGGACACUCCUUCUGAUGACUGGGAAACACUCGCAGACCUGUACCAUGAAAUUGCUUGUGCAAAAAAGGGUAUCGGUGAGUUUUCUCUUGCAUUUGAUUAUUUUAAGAAGUCGAUUGAUCUAAAAGGAAAAUAUCUUCGAAGCAAUGAUUUUGAAAUGGGCCACAUUUAUAAUAAUCUGGCUGGAACAUAUAAAGAUGCAUCUGAUUACGACAAUGCUUUAUUAUUUUAUCAAAAGGCACUCACUAUCUAUCUUAAGCAUAGUACUGACGAUAAAACGAAAUUGGCUUCCACUUAUAACAAUAUCGGUCUUGUGUAUAUGAACGUUAAAGAACACAUGAAAGCUCUUUCAUAUUUUCAGAAAUCCUUAGAAAAACUUCAAGGAAGGGUGCCUGAUAAUCAUCCAGACUUGGCCACAACUUAUGAUAAUAUGGCUCAGGCAUAUAUUGGAAUGAACGACGCUAUAAAUGCGCUGCCAUAUUCUGAAAAAGCACUUGAUAUACAUAAAAAAACACUUCCUAGUAAUCAUCCAUUGCUAGCUACUACUUACAACAAUAUUGGUGUCUUGUAUUCUCAUCUAAAGGAUACUAAUAAUGCACUUUUACACUAUCAAAAGGCCGUAGAAAUUAUGCUAACAUUAUCUUGUUUCAAUUGUCAGUACUUGGCAGGUACAUAUAGAAAUAUUGCUCAAAUCCACAUAGUUAUGGAAGAGUUUAUGAAAGCCUUGUCAUUUCUACAGGAAUCUUUGGAUGUAUGUCAAAAAACCGGUUCUUUCUCCAUCGAUGAAGCUCUGACACUGCAGAGCAUUGGAGAUGUAUAUCAGAUUGUCGAAGAAUAUGAGCUAUCGUUACCUUAUUAUCAAAAAGCACUUGAUAUUUAUAACCAAUUUCCUUUAAAAAUCCAAUAUCAAUCAUAUGAGCCAUAUAUUGGUAUGGGUGUAACAUAUGGCUUAAUGGAAAACUAUGCGAUGGGUAUAUCGUGUCUCGAUAAAGCAUUAGAAUACUAUCAAAAAUCUUCCACAGACAAUCCUAAGGAUGAAUUUCGCAUGUACAGUUAUAUGGGGAAGUUUUAUAUGUUAAUGGGAAAAGAUUCAAAUGCUAUAUCGUAUUGGACAAAAGUGUUGGAGAUAAAUCAAGUAUUAUCUGCUCUCGAUCAAUCAGAUGUUGCUUCCAUGUAUGAUUUCGUAGGUAAAACUCAUUACGAAAUGAAAAACUACUCAGCUGCACUUGUUCAUUACAAGAAAGCACUUGAAGUUAAAGAAAGGACAUUUUCCUGCGAGAAUUGGUCUUUACGAGAUACUUACAAAAGGAUUGCAGAAAUUCUAAUAGAAACAGGUGACCUUUUAAAUGCUCUUUCGUACUUCAAAAAGUUAAUCGAGAUAUAUGAAACAUCGGAAAAUUCUUAUCCCUUUCAAUUGCACUUUGAUCUAUGUUAUGCCUAUGGUAUGAUCGGUAGAGUAUACAGUCUAUUGAAACAAUUUAAGGAAUCACUCAUAUAUUAUGAAAAGGUUCUUCAAAUUGUUGAAAAAAAUUUAUAUAUGUUUCGUAGUGUACAUGCUUUUGCUAAUAGAAAUGUUGGAUUAGCACAUAGUUAUGUUGGAAAUUAUUCUACUUCAUUAAUUUAUCUUAAAAAAUAUAUUGAGAUCGAAGAAAAUCAAGCAGAUCCAGAGUACAAAGAGCUUGCCAUUGCAUACAAUAGUAUGGGUAUGUCGUAUAUGGAACUUCACGACUAUGCAAAUGCUAAUCUAUAUUUUAACAAAGCUCGAAGAAAAUGUGACGAAUGGUGUCCGCUAGAAUAUCGUUUGCUUUCAACUAUACACUUUCACUUGGCUCAAGUGUUCGAACAACUACAUGAUUAUCCAACGGCUACACAGCAUGCUAAUACUGCAGUAGAACUAUCUCUUUUAGCGUUUGAACCUAAUCAUCCGGAAGUGAAAGCAAAUCAAGUUUAUUUGGAGAAAUUAUACAAAUAUUUGUCUUGA